AUGGUGUCGGUCACAGACGAGUCUCGAGAGCAGGAACCCCUCCUAGGCUCGCCUAACUCAACCACGCAGAAGCAAGAUGCUCAUAUUGCCUGGAAUCUGAUUACUGGCACUGCCAGUGUUGCACAGGCGGGGAUCUGGACUUUGGUUGCUCUCGUCUGGUUCAAGGUCUUAGCUUUGCCCUUCGCUCUCUUCACGGGACAUCCCCACCGCCCUCCUCCUGCAAGUCAGGCUGCUCUAAUUCUCCAACCGACCGCCACUCCCGACCAGAAACUGCUGGGCACCCGCAUCCACUAUACCUUCCAGCUACUCGGUAUUCUGUGCUUCCUCAGUGCCUUCCUGAUCAUCGAGAUAAACAAGGGCGACCACCCUCAUUUCGUUUCUCCUCACAGUAUCCUGGUGCUUGGCAGCGUCGACGCUGGCAAGCGAGUCUUCAAAUAUCAUCGCUGGUCUGGAUAUGUUUUGCUCCUGCUGGAGGUUUCGGCUGUCGUGGCGGCGACCCAGACACCCUACAACCUGAAUGCCAUCCACAUUCCCACAAGGGGUGUGGUCAUCGCGAUCAUUCUGGUAUUACUGGGGGUGGCUCUCGAUGGGCGUGAUGGCCCCACUCCAAACCCGCCCAAAGACUCAUCUCCACUCCUUCACCUUCUCCGACGGCUUCUUCUUCCAUCCGCCUUCGCUAAUGGCACCCUCUCCCUCCCCCUAUAUCUACUUCAAUUGCAGAUUGAGCCCCUGAAAUGCGUUGCCUCGACUCCAGACAUAUCGCUCAUUCUCGACGACUCGUCGGCACCAGCAGAUCCUGCGACCCGCGACAGCUCCCAAACCCACGCCGGACGUGAAACACAUCCGCCAGAAUGCCGAGCUCUACGCACAGAAUUGCAUAGACAGGAAUUAUGCGGGUCAUACAGAAUACCCAUCCAGGAUUCAAGCUCUAUCCGACGAGGCCAGGCAACUCGAUUAGGACCUCAAGUCUCCGCGCUCGCAGAUCAAGCAGCUGGAAAAGACCAUCGAAAAGCUAUCCAUUGCGGCACGGCAAGCUUCGACCAACAGCACAGAGAACGCGUCAGUCCACUACAGAGCUCUAAGCUCGAUCGCACAUUACCAUCGGCACCGAACUCGGUCUUCUCGAUUUUACAAGCUCAGCCACCACGACCGGAUAGGAGAACUAUCUCGCCGCCAUCAAUCGUCUACUCCUACAUCGCCGAGGCAUACGGCUUCCAGCCGCGCGACCAGCACAAUAAGCAGCAAAUCUGGUCAAUUGAGCAGAACGAGCGCGACCGCGAUACAAAGACACCGCGCUCGUUGACCGGAACCGCAGAAGUUCCCCUCGCGGCAAUGUAUACAGGCCGCGAUAUCAAUAAUUCCGAGCUCCCUCUUAAGCUAGUGGGCGCAAGCCGCUACUAUCGCGCAGAGGCGGGCUCGCGUGGCGUCGACACAAAGGAUAACCUCGUCUCUGAAACAGCAGCAGACAAGCCCACCUCAGACACACUCUUUGCGGAACUACUAGACAUCCAAACCGAGAUCCUCACGUCCCUCCAUCUCCCCUGCCGCGUCCUCGAGAUACCCACUAGCGAUCUAGGCGCCAGUGCAACCCGCAAGCGCGGUAUAGAAGCGCUUUUCCCGUCACGAUUCCGCCCUACGCCUGACUCAAUGAGUCCGGUCGAUCCCGCCGCGUCAGAGCUUGAAUCUGCCUGGGGCGAGGUUCCUUCGGCGUCCAUCUGUACGGAUUAUCAGAGUCGGCGACUGGUGACCCGUGUCCGUGGUGGUGCGCUCAAAGAGUAG